AUGGUGUGUGGUAUGGAAAAAAAUGGUAAAAGGCAUGGACUGGAGCUGGCCAAACCUGGGUUCAAGCGUUGCCAUUUGCUACUUGCCUGUGACUUUUAUUACUCGCCUCCGCCGGACCUAUUUCUUCAUGAUGCGGCAUUACACGUGGAGCCUAAGAAAGAAAAAAUGGAGCCCGACCUGGAGCAAGACAAGAAACCAAGACUAGAUAGUGUCACCAGCAGCGAGAGCUUUGCGAGCUCCGGGUUUCAGGAAGAUAAAAGUCUGAGCGAUGUUGAGGAAGAGGAGGACUCUGAUGAUUUCUACAAGCAGCCCAUCACUAUGGAAGAUCUGAUUUCUUACAGUUUCCAAGUGGCCAGAGGCAUGGAGUUUUUGUCUUCCAGAAAGUGCAUUCAUCGGGACCUGGCAGCAAGAAAUAUUCUUUUAUCUGAGAACAAUGUGGUGAAGAUUUGUGAUUUUGGCCUUGCCCGGGAUAUUUAUAAGAACCCCGAUUAUGUAAGAAAAGGAGAUACUCGACUUCCUCUGAAGUGGAUGGCUCCCGAAUCUAUCUUCGACAAAAUCUACAGCACCAAGAGUGACGUGUGGUCUUAUGGAGUACUGCUGUGGGAAAUCUUCUCCCUAGGUGGGUCUCCAUACCCGGGUGUGCAAAUGGAUGAGGACUUCUGCAGCCGCCUGAAGGAAGGCAUGAGGAUGAGGGCCCCUGAAUACGCAACUCCUGAAAUCUAUCAGAUCAUGUUGCACUGCUGGCACAAAGACCCAAAAGAAAGGCCAAGAUUUGCAGAACUUGUGGAAAAACUAGGCGACUUGCUUCAAGCAAAUGUACAACAGGACGGUAAAGACUAUAUCCCACUAAAUGCCAUACUGACAGGAAAUAGUGGGUUUACAUAUUCAUCUCCUGCCUUCUCUGAGGACUUCUUCAAGGAAGAUACUUCAGCUCCAAAGUUUAACUCAGGAAGUUCUGAUAAUGUCAGAUACGUAAAUGCUUUCAAUUUCAUGAGUCUGGAGAGAAUCAAAACCUUUGAAGAACUUUCACCAAACACCACCUCUAUCUUUGAU